GUACGUACUGCAAACCGCCUGAUCUCAUCACUCCUGUCUCCCUCAAUCAAAUCAGGCUAUUUUCUCCUUGUUUCUCUGUCAAAGGCUCAUAGAGUCUGUACUCGUCAUACUCGUCGUUGAAAACAACCAAAACUCGCCCAAUAAGUGCGGGGUGAAUUAUACAUUCCUGGGCGUGUAACCGAAAGCCGUUCCGUCCCUCCAACUCUAAGCUGCCCAAUCGUCCACGCGCUUCACCCUCCUCCUUAGGUUUGCCAGUGCCAGGGCAAUCUCAACCAAAAGGUGCUUUGAUACCACCUUGACGCUUAAACGCCUGCCUUCCCGCUUCUGCUGUGCCCUGCCAGCAUUUGAUUGCCACCAAUCGUGCCGCAUCUGACCUUCUGCUUCCGUUUCCUCGGUGUAUUUUCUCCUUUCAGCAUCUCCCCUGUCCGUCUCGGUCCCUCCAAGAUCUACAACCGCACAACUCUAACGUUUGACGUUUUGACGUUGUUGUCAUCUGCAAGAUCGCCCGCAAUCUCCCCGCGCCCGCGCCAGUGUCAGCUUUAUUAGACACGAAUUGCGCCCCAUCCACCUCGAGACUUUACAUCUCCAUUCCUCACCGCAAUCAAAGCUCUAAGCUCCAACCAUCCCCAAAAUGCUCAGUCGCCAAUUUGCACGCGCCGCUGCCGUCACUCCUCUCGCAGGGGUACGAGCUCUGAGCUCUACUGCUAUCCUCAACGGUCGCACACCUUCGCUGGGAGAUGUCAACCCUACACACGCAGAGGUCGAUAAGUUCAGUCAGAAGCAGAAGGAAUUCCGCGAUCACCUGGUCGAGGCACAGAAGAAGCGAGAAGCCAGACGCUCUGAAGAGGUGAAGGAGCCUGAGCCUGCCCGUAAGGCGGGCCCUUUGACCAACCUCAUAUACGGUACCAAGGAGGGUCGCGAGCUCGAUGCUCAGCUCGAAGCAAGCUUCAGUCAAGUUCUUGCCCGUGGCAAGUACGUCCAUUCGAUCGUUCUUCACCAAGUCAAGCCUGAGAAGGUUGACGAGUAUGUCGAUCUCGUUGGAAAGUGGUACCCCAAGAUGGCCAACGCCCCCGAGAACAAGGUGAACCUGGUCGGAAGCUGGAGGACAGAAGUUGGCGAUUGUGACACCUUCGUCCACAUCUGGGAAUACCAAAAAUACGAAGGUUACCAUCAAUCCCGAUACUCAAUCACUCACCACCCCGAAUUUGCCGACUUCGACAACAAACUAAAGGGCCUAAUCAACUCCAAGAAAGUCUCUCUCAUGCAAGAAUUUUCUUUCUGGCCAACCACUCCCCCACGAUCGCUCGGUGGUGUCUUUGAGCUGCGUUCUUACACACUGCACCCCGGCAACCUGCUCGAGUGGGAGACACACUGGCGACGAGGCCUCAAGGCCCGCCGUGAGGUCAUGGAGGGCGUUGGUGCUUGGUUCGUUCAGAUUGGUGACCUUAACACAGUCCACCAUUUAUGGCAAUUUGCCAACCUUGAGGAGCGCCGAGGCCGUCGUGAACAGAGCUGGCAGGUCGAGGGCUGGAGCGACACAGUCCACAAGACAGUGCCUCUUAUCCAGAGCAUGAAGUCAAGGAUCCUCGUCCCUAUGCCUUGGUCUCCUGUUCGAUAAGUGCUCAAGCGACAACACUACCGCCGCUCUCACCCCACAGUAUCCUGAUCAUAUCACCCGCCUGGUCAGAUCCAGGCUGAACAUACCUCCUGUACGAGAUUAGAGGCUGUCUCUUUGCGUUUUCACAGCAUAGUCCAUUUUGUUUUAUGUCAAGAGUCUUGACGGUUUUAGCGGAGGAGCGCUGGAAUGUGGAUUAUGGAUUACAUGGACAGAUGUAUUAUCUAAAUUUCUACAAAUUCAUCUGAAACUGAAGAAGCAGCAUUCAUAAUAUGGCAGCAUGCAGUGAUAUCGAUUUUUACGCCUUCGAAGGCGAUGAUAAUCCAAAACAAGCUUGGGAGUGAAAACCCCGCCCAAUAAGAUCCAUUGUCACCUCAACGCCAGGGUAUCCAAUCAGUUUACAUGCAAAGCUGCUCACAUGGCCUUUCCCCUCACUUCUAAGAGUCAACACUUAGAACCUCAGCAAUGUUCCUUCGCGCUUGGCCAAGCAUGUGACUGAGGUAGCUAAGCUUGGACUGAAUGGAUAUGAGACUCGGAUCUGCGCUUUCGACGCGUACCUUUUCCCGGACAUAGACUUCCUGAAUAUCAUUACUAUCCACUUCUGCAGCGGACGAUCCUGGCUCUGGGGUAUGGCGGGCACUGCCCCGCUUCGAGCCGCCAAUGUUGGACCCCUGUGUGUUAUACCGGAAAACGGUGUCCAUCUCAUCAUGCUCCAGCCGACGUACAGUUCCAAAGGCUAGACCAAGCUUGGUGCCAAAAUGAACAUGCGCAUGAACAGGUUCUAGAGCACGCAACCAAAGAAUUAUGCAGCUUUCUUGAAGACCGAGAUAAAAGCUGAGGUUGGGCCCAAUUGAUGGCACAAACUGGUCUGGUGAACAUGAGCACAUCUGCCAAGCAGGAUCAGAGUCUGUUAAAGGAGGUCCUUUGAGAAUAGCUGAUGAAUCGGAGAGAGAAUCAGCAAGAAUACUGAGAGUAGAGGCGAGUGAGCUAGCGUCCUGUGGUUUGGACAAGGUGAUAGCGAGGAGAUCGAUGGACUGGUUUAGGUAGCCGUGCAGAGCAUCGAGGCCUUGGAUAUGAAUAGCUUUGGACUGCGAUAGGGACAAGGUCUGCGGGGGUAUCGUUCGAAGCUGGAGAUGUAUAGUCUGCGAUCCAAGGACGUCAGCUUGCAGAACGAGGCUGGAGCUGCAUGCAGGGGAACAUGAGCUCAGCAGGCAACCUUACGCCUUUGACAAUACGAGUACCGACACGAGUGAGCGUGCCCUUGACCUUUUCGUUGCGCGGUGUACUCAUGACGAGUGUACUGCCCGGAUCGAUAGGCGCGAGGAGCGCAUAGCAAUCCUCGAGGCCAUGUUUAAGAUCGCGGCAGACCUCGAGUGUUUCGUCGACGAUCCAAUCGAGUUCGCGCGCCUUGUCAAAAUAGAUCAGCAUGUUGUCUUGACUUAUUUUCUCUCGUUUCGCUUCGUCGCAUGAGGUCGUAGUACCUGGGUUUCGGAGGCUUUAAGUCUGAGCUCGGCCGGCGAGACAGGAGGCCAGAUUGCAAUGGACAUUAUGAAUAGGUGCCUAGCUGGUCGAUACUACGCGAAUAGCCAGGUAGGCAGCCAUGAGAGAAGAUGGCGGCGAUGAGUUUAUGGCGAUGG